AUGAGCGUUUUGACAAAUGAAACGCUUUCGGAAUGGAAAAAUGGCGAAGACUUAAAGAGGAUAAAGAAAGAAAACUUGACGAUUCUGCAGGCGGUUGGGUGCGAAGAAAAUAUGUUAAGUACAAACAAAAUCAGUCACAGUGUGAGAUUUGUUAGAGCUUCAUAUCAAGCUCUAGAAGAUUUGAUUAUAAACUGCAAUUUGAGGGUUUUACAAAUUGCCAAGAGCUUUGCAAAUUUUCACGCUUUUGAAUUUAAGAAGCAGCUAAAGAAAAUGGACUUCGUGAGUGUAACGAAUCUUGAUGAGGGUGAAACUUGA